CCCUCUCUCUCUCUCUCUCUCUCUCUCUCUCUCUGUUCUCCACUGCUUCAAUGCUCCGCCGUUAAACCCUAGCUUCCAAAAUCCAUGGCUCUCGUUCCCCAAAUCCUCCCCUACCCUCCUCUCCUCCGCCAGGCCGCUGCAACCGCCGCCGCCACCGCCCUCCCCUUCCCUCUCUCCAAACCCCUCAGCCCUCCCUCGCCCUCCAGAACCGCCCUCUUCUCCUCCCCCCAAGAUCGCCGCCACCGCCUCUCGAUCCCCCUGCGAUGCUCUUCCUCCGACCCUGGCGGCACCUCCGGCGAUGACCUCGUCGAGCUCCCUCUUUUCCCUCUCCCACUCGUCCUCUUCCCCGGCGCCAUCCUUCCCCUCCAGAUCUUCGAGUUCCGGUACCGAAUUAUGAUGCACACGCUCCUCCAAACUGAUCUCCGAUUCGGCGUCAUCUUCUCCGAGUCCGGCACCAUCGCUGACGUCGGCUGCGUCGGCGAGAUUGUCAAGCAUGAGCGCCUUGUCGACGACCGUUUUUUCCUCAUCUGUAAAGGCCAAGAGCGGUUCCGUGUUUCCGGGAUCGUGCGCACCCGGCCGUUCCUUGUCGCUCGGGUGUCCUGGCUCGAGGAUCGGCCACCCCCGCAGGGGGAUGAUGACGUUGAGGCGCUUGCGAGCGAAGUGGAGACGCACAUGAGGGAUGUGAUUCGGAUCUCGAACAGGUUGAAUGGGAAGCCGGAGAAGGAAGGUGGAAUGGAUCUCCGGCGCAACCUUUUCCCUACUCCGUUCUCGUUCUUCGUGGGGAGCACGUUUGAGGGCGCUCCGCGCGAGCAGCAGGCGUUGCUGGAGCUCGAGGACACGGCAGCGCGGCUCAAGAGGGAGCGUGACACUCUCCGCAACACGCUCAACUACUUGACUGCAGCCUCGGCAGUGAAGGAUGCCUUCCCUUCCUCUCCUUCUUCCUCUUCUUGACUAUUAUGCGAUACACUACUCUGAACAAAAACCCCACUGUGGCAUUUCAACAAACAGGUUAUCUCAAAAAGGUACUUGUUUUUUUUAUGCUUUGUUUUCCAAAUAUUUUUGUGGAUUUGAAUUGUGUAAUUACCUGGGGAAAAAAAAUAGAUAUGAUGUAGUUGUAGAUGAAAGUGUAUUAAUAAUUUGGUACUGUUUAUUUCCAAUGGCAUUUGGAAAGUUGAUAAUUUAGUACUUGUUUCAAGUGCAAUUGACAAGGAGCAGGCUUGUUAUAUGGAUUAUGACACAGCAAAUGCUAUUCUAUUCAGUGUUGUAGCUUUA